GUGUAAUUAAAGGGCAACUACGCGGACUUGAAGCGAGCGUAACGUCUUGGCCCGGCGGUACCGUUCUAUCAGAGGCGAGACCCUUUCUCAACCAUUGCGAAGUAAAUAGUACAAUAUGCGCGGGAUAUUCUCUUUUCCAACCGAGUUUGGGUUUUCGGUCCUACACGGUGAUGGCGGUGCGGCAUGCCGUUGUUAUACCGCUUCAUGGGCGUUGAAACUUGACGAGGCUGCAUCGGGUAUAUCCGACAAUGAAAGAUAUAACCACCCAACCACGGCAGCUUUUCCCGCCCACCCAAGACGACCAACCGCUCCAAUGUCAACACCAUUUCGCACCCCGUCCACCCGUCAGUCAGCGCGGCACGGGAGCUGGAACCGAAGGGGGCACAAUUCAUCUCGGCGCGGAGAUAACUGGGACGGCCGGCCGGCCUGACCGCUUUUCUGGCGCUUAUUUGACACGCGCUCGGCUCGCCCGUCCAAAGAACGGCACGGGCGGAACAAGGGACACACCUUGUCACCGUGUCGGGUCAGGAUCAAUGUCAAUAUCUGCCCGCGCGGCACAGCAAUAUCUUCCAUACAUUCAUUCUGGAAGGGUGAGUUUGACAGGGCUUGGUUUCAACACCGUGACCACCAACCAGUAUUUAUUUAUUAUUCGAAAUCGGGCAGGAAGAGGGGGGGGGCUUUCAACCGAGGGACCAACAUCCCGAGAAAAAGAAAAGAAAGAAAACCUUGGUUUUGCUUGUUGCAGUUCCGGUUAUGGUUCCGACUCUUCCGUGGCCGAGCUAUUGGAACCCGGACCGGUGUUGACCAAGGCGGAGCGCGAGUGCUAUUUAGCCUACCAGGUCGGGCAGUUUUUAAGAGUGUCAUAUAUCAAUCACCCUUCCUGUUUAGUGUAUACUGCGUGUGGUAUGCAUCUCGUCUCGCGGGCCCCCCCCAUCCUUGGAUCGUGGCUGGCCAUUUGCCGCUGCCGCUGCCGCUGCCGCUGCCCUGCCAGUGCCUGCCCACUCUGUUCGAGACCUGCGCCGUGGGGGCCAUGUCCUUGCCCUUGUCCCGGUCCCGGUCCUUGACCCUGCUCUUUCCGUGUCUUGCCUUGCCUUGCCUUGCUGGGCUGGACUGGGACAUGGCGGUGCGCAAUCUGCGAUGCCUUGAUUCGUAUGGGGUUGGCCGGUCGUAUCCGUCGACUCGCGUGCAGACUGCCCUGCUUUGGGGGGUUUCCCCGGCCACAGCCACUUACUUGACUUGGUGGACAGCCAGCAUCGUACGUAACUAACUCCCGUUUGUGUAUACCGAAGUCACAUUUUCCCUGCUCCUUUCUUGUCUUCCCCCCGGACCCGGCACAGGGGCUCAAACCCG